CACCACUCAGAAAAGUCUUGUAUUAUUAUCUCCUCCUUCUUUAAAGAAAGACAUGGAGAUUAAGUAUUCCAGCCAUGAACACCCGUCGGUGCUUGCAAAAGAGACGGAUGAUGAAAGCUCAAAAGAUUAUUGCUUUGGAUGUAAGGAAGCAGUAGAAGGUUCCAGCUAUAGUUGUGGCCAGUGCAUCUUUUUUCUUCGUAGGAAAUGUGCCCAGCUACCAGGUCAGAUCUGUCGUCCCUCUCACCCGCAACACACUCUUGUCAUUCUUAAACAUAGUGAAAAGUGGAGGAUUUUUUGCAAUUUCAAUCUUGACAUUAGAUGUGCUAUCCAUUCAUAAUUUGUCAUCGGAGAUUCUCUAAAGCUUCAUCAUUCUAGCCAAGAUGAUCCGGUUAACUUGUUGAACAUAUUGAUCUUGGAAGAAAAAUUGAAGUUUGCUCAAUUAAAUAUAGAAGACCCAUGUCAAGUCCUUUCUACUGGUGUCAUGAUUGAACAUUUUACCUUCACAAGAAAUGUGCAGAAUUGCCCCUUGAGAUCAAACACCCUAGUCACCGAAAACACCCUCUUAUUCUUUUGGUCAAACCCCCACCACAUCGACAAAAUGUUCUUGCCAUUUGUGCAACAUGUCUAUAAUUUGUCUAUUAAUAUUAUAGCUGAAACUCAUGAACAUCCGUUGACCCCUUUUCAGCCACAAUUCAUUCAUUUGCAAUGCAUGUGGAAGUGAUGGAAAUCGGUUUAGCUUUCCUUACAUAUGUUCUAAAUGCAAUUCUACGUUUAGAUUAUUCCUGCUUUGUGCUAACAAACAUGAUGAUCUGAGCCAAUGUUUGUGUGACAUUUGAAGAACAAAGAGAUCUGAAUCAAUGGUUUUAUUAUUGUGUGCCAGUUGCGAUGUUUCUAUUCAUCUUGAUUGUGCGCUUAGGCAAUGCCCAGGCUGGGGAAACCAUUCAAGUAUGCUGUUCAUGAACACCCUGUCACAUUUGUGAAGGCAGAUUUUAACCCUCGCCUAAAUGCAACAAGUGUGAUAAACCUUGUAGAGAUGAUCUAUCCCUUCAAUACUCAAGAUCAGAGUGCCACUACAUAUUCCAGUAGAUGUGUCUAGACGAAAUGUAUCUUCGACAUCAGGACUAAAGAGGUGGUUGUGGUUUUGUUCUUAUUUAUAUGAUAUUAUGAUUCCCAUAUAUUUGUAACCUUGUUUUUUUCUUUGACCAUCAUUUGAAAAUGCCUAUGUUGCCUUUUCUUUCCAUACCUAUGAUUUCAAACCUAUUUGUAUUUUGUGUAAUUCAAAUUCAUAAGCUUUUACUUUAAUUGAAAAAAAAUUAUAAUUAAAU